AUGACCAGACGUGACCAGCAUUACGAUACGCCAAGGUGGAAAACCGCGGGAAAUCCAGAAGGCCACGUAUCACGUGACGAACUCUAUAGGCAGCGAGGGAGGGACGGGCGGGCGGUGAUUGGCUGCCACGGCCGCCCUGCGAACGACGGCAGGAAAAAGUCGGCCGCCGCGGGGAAAAAAUCGAGGGGUAGAAAGCAGGAACCGGCACUGGUUGGUCCAGACGCUGCUGGUCGUCCCCGCGGAGGCGACCGGGCGGCGUUACUGAUAGUUCAGUACGGAGUACUUAGUAGUAGUAGUUUCUCGUCGACCGUUGACUCACUCCUGCCUUUUCUUUCUCUCGAUAUUCUCCUCCUUCUUUCUUAUCCUACUCGCUUCCUCUCCAUUCUCUAG